AUGAUCAAUAUUCUAUCUAGUUGGACUUUGGUUGGAUAUAUGGUAGUAAAUAUUUUGAUUCUUGGUUGCGUCAAAUGUGAUAUCAACUGGAACGGAAAUAAUUGGGCCAUGUCAUGUGAUUUCCGUGGAAGUGAUCUGUCUAGCGUUCUAAUUGCAUCACAAUUUUGUGGUGGAAAAUGUGCUCAAACUCAAGGAUGUACUCACUUUACAUGGACUCAAUAUAGUGGUGGUACUUGUUGGAUGAAAUCAGGUACAGUUUCCAAAAGUGAUGCCGUCUCAACGAGCGAUCCAACUAUGGUCUGUGGUGUAAUGGAUGGUGGUCAACAAAGUAGCAUCCAGUGGAAUGGAAAUAACUGGGCCAUGUCAUGUGAUUUCCGUGGAAAUGAUCUAUCUAACGUCCAAAUUGCGUCAAAUCUUUGCGGUGGAAAAUGUUCUCAAACUCAAGGAUGUACUCACUUUACAUGGACUCAAUAUAAUGGUGGUACUUGCUGGAUGAAAUCGGGUGCGGUUUCCAAAAGUGAUGCUGUCUCAACCAGUGAUUCAACUAUGGUCUGUGGUGUAGUGGUUGGUGGUCCAAUAGGUCAAGCUUCAGGAUUUACUACUCGAUAUUGGGACUGCUGUAAACCCAGCUGUGCUUGGCCUGGCAAAGUAUCUGGGUCAAAUACUUAUGUCAAAAGUUGUCAAAAAGACGGCUACACUAGCUGGAAUGAUGGAAAUACACUUAGUGGAUGUGAUGGUGGUAAUGCCUUUGUGUGCAACAAUCAAAUACCAUGGGCUAUUAAUGAUCAACUUGCUUAUGGAUUCGCUGCUGCUACAAUUCCAGGAUUAACGGAGCAACAACGUUGCUGCGCUUGCUAUAAAUUGGAUUUCACAAGUGGUCCAGUUGUUGGAAAGUCAAUGAUUGUUCAGGUUGUUAAUAGUGGUUCGGAUGUGCACCCAAAUCAAUUUGACUUGCAAAUUCCUGGAGGAGGUGUCGGAAUCUAUAACGCCUGUAGUUCCCAAUGGAAUGCACCAUCUGAUGGGUGGGGUCAGCGCCUUGGUGGUGUUUCUUCUCGUCAAGAUUGCUAUAGUCUUCCCGCAGCUAUUCGAGAUGGGUGCCUAUUUAGAUUCGACUGGUUUAAGGGAGCUGACAAUCCUACUAUGGUUUACUCUAAAGUACAGUGUCCUUCGGAGCUGGUUGCCCGUACUGGAUGUUCUCGAAGUGACUGAUGUAAAUGUAUCACAUUUAUGAUGUUUUUCUUGUUUCUUUAAUUAUUUUCUUUUUCUGAAAUUUUUUCUAUAUUGCUACUCACCAUAUAAAUGGUAGGGGCAAUUCAUAUUAUAUAAUCACAUUUCCAAAAAUAUUUUGUUUAUCAGUCAACUCAUGUCUAACUCAAGUCAUGUUAAUUACAAAAAAUGCACUAAUGCCAAAGUUGAAUUUUCAGCGGCAUUUAAAGUCAUCGAUUUAGGAUAUUUCUCAAAAUCUGUAAGGAGACAAUCGCAUUUGUUCUGUAAACAUUACUAUGAAAAAUCAUGCUUUCGAUUAGACUUCUCAGAUUUGUGCUGGAUCGUGGAAGACAGUAAUGAGCAUUUAAAAGAUAUGUGCGUUGAAUGAAUGCAAGCACGAAAGCUCGCGAUUGAAUCAGAAAAUAAGAAUAGUUUUAUUACUUUUUUGAAAUCAUGUAUUGUUGCAUCAGUGUCACACUAUUAAGUGUCACUAUGCAGAAAUUGAAUCGGCUACGAUCUUUUGAACAGGUUUACUCGACCAUGACAUUUGCUUUUCGACCUGUAAUCAAUAGUUAACAAUAGAUUGAAAGGAGAUUAUUCAUAUUUUGCCUUUUCGUCAAAUGUGCAUGUCAUCGCAUUGAUAAAUUGCGUCAGUGAGAGAGAAUCAGCUUGAAACUGGAAAAGGAACAAUUCUAUGAUAAUGAGUAGUUACUCUGUUAAGAUCUUCACAUUUAUGUUAUUGAACUCGAUUUUUCAUCAAUCUGAUAUCGAAGUUUGCCAUCAUCACGACAAAUGCUCAAAAAUGAAUCUGGAUUCAAACGCAUCAAAUUUAUAAACUAACGUUGCGUCCAUGAUUUCAACAAUAAAAUCAUUUUUUUUCUUACUUUUUCAGUUUCUAUUGAUUAUUCUUGCUGAUCAACGUUCAAUCGUUCUCUUUGUUUGUGGUCGCAUGAAAUCAGCUCGCGACUCAUGGAUAUAGCCAACUGAUUACUUUAUUUAAUUUUUUUCAUUGAUGAUUAUCUUCAUACUAUUUUCCAUAGGUUCACAAAACU